CGUGCAUCGUGUACGCGCGCAGCCUGACUCAUUUCAAGCUAGUGCCAUACAGCAGGUCAUGUCAGCGCAUGAGGAAGAGGAUGACGACCUUGCGCUGUUCUUUAGCGAGGUCGAUGCCAUCAAGGCGAGAUCGCCACCGGCCGAUGAGUCCUCGAUACCGACUGCGAGCACAAGCGCCUUGCCCAAUGCAGCGUCGGCAGCCUCGCAGCAGCCACAACAGCCUCAAGCGAGCCAUGCCGCGCACGCAAUUCAAACGGCGUAUGCGCCACAUCUUCAUGCUGGGCAAAUACAACAACAAGAGCAGCAGCAGCAGCAGCAACAAAGGCAUUGGUCUGGCUAUGCUGCGCCGCAUCAAUCUUAUGGUGCGCCAGCUCAGCAAGGUUACGCACCGCCAGCGGCAGGCUAUUCUGGACUUGCCCCAAGCUUUGGACAGCGCAAACGUCGACGGCCGACUCUGAGACUGGUCGUACAGCGAUCCAAGAUACUGACGCCGUCCAGUGUCGCCAUGAUCGCGCCGGACGAAGAUCCGACGGAUGUUGGGCGAGAUCUCGCGCACGCAAAACGACUGCGACUCAAGGAAAUGGAGGUCAGUAAGCUCCAUGCGACCAUAUUCUGGUCUACUGCGCCUGCGGUCGAUAAAGCUCACUUUCACCAAGGAUGGAGCGUCAUCGACCGCGCGAGUACCCAGGGCACAUUCCUGAACUCGCCAGACCAGCCGGUUCAGCGGCUUUCUGCAGCCAAAGCGACCUCGCGACCGGUCAAGCUCUACCACGGCGACGAGCUUACUCUGGGCACGACGACGUUUCAGGUGCAUCUGCACGACACGUUUGCCUGCUGGGAUGCAGAAGGGCGAUUCGAGGAGCAGCGAGGCGAUUGCCCCGGAUGCGUCAUUGCGCAAGAUCAGUCCAAUUGGGUCAAACUCGAGCGCAUGCCCUUGGAGACACGAGGAGCAGCAGCGGCGCCGGAACUUGCACCACUCGAUGUUGAGCCUGGCCCGGACGGUAGGAUCCCGCUUGUAAAGACAAAAGCGAUCAGAGAAAAGGAGCGCGUGGCAGCUAUGUCCGCUCUGCGGAAGCGCUACCUGCGCGCAAAGUCAGAGGAAGAGGCAGACCGGGAGGACGAUGUGGAUGGCACACCUGCAUACGUCGAUCGUUCAGCUAUACGGCGGUCUACGCAAGCGUCAGAUGAUCCGCCUCCACCGGCCGCAAAGCGAGCAAAGAAAGGCGGAUCGUCAUCGCAGCAACCUGAACCAGUCAAGCACGAGCCAGAUCAGACCGUCUUUACGGACUCAAAGGCGGCCCAGAUGUUGCAAAAGAUGAUGGCCAACUCUGCUUCGACCAGUGCAGACCCCUCUGCGACCGCACCGACUGGACUGGGCACUCUCAUUGAGGCCAAGACGCUUGGCGUCGAGCGAGCUGGCCUUGGUUCGCGUGAAGCUGUCACGGCUGCAUCGCUCAGCGAGGCUCAUUCAGGAUCCUGGCGCGACAAGGUCAGGGAACAGAAUAGACAAAGGUGGCAGGAAAUGUCAAGGAAGCAUUUGUGAACAUCCUGUUGUACUGUCGUCUGCUUGCCGUCCUUCGACCGAUCCAUCCA